AGAACUGGGUUGACUAAAAAAUGACAGUGACGCCAUUUUCGAUAUUUAUGGAACGUGCGGUUUUUUUCAUCGACUUUUGAAAAUAACGCUUCAAGUACAGUUAAUAUUUGUGUAAAAUCAGUGAAAGACUAAUUGUUUCGCAAAUGCGAAAGCCUAAGCGUAGGAUAACGUUUAAUUAGAGCAUGUCUGUACACUACAAAUUCAAAUCGGCACUAGAGUAUGAUACAGUUACCUUCGAUGGCCUACAUAUUUCAGUGAAAGACCUAAAGAAUGCUAUCUUACAACAAAAACGAAUAGGAAAAAGUACGGAUUUUGAUUUGCAAGUAACAAAUGCACAGACCAAAGAAGUUUACGAGGAUGAAAACGCUUUGAUACAAAAGAACGCAUCGCUACUCAUAGCGAGAAUACCUGUGAUACCGCAGAAAAAUAAAUCAUGGGAAGGUUACGGCGGUGAUAACACACCGCCUCAAACGAAACUAGAUGAAGGUGGACCCGUAGCCAAAGAAGUCGAUCUGUCGAGCCUCGAUGCUCCCGAAGAUGAUAAAAUUAGAGCUAUGAUGUCUCAAUCCACGCAGGAUUAUGAUCCUAGCAAUUAUAUAAAACUUCGAGGAGCUAAUCAAGUGGGAGCGGUUCCGCCGAAUUACAGAUGCUAUAAGUGUCAUCAAGGCGGACAUUGGAUAAAAGAUUGUACAUUUGCACUAGGAGCUGAGCCAGUGGAGAUCAAGAAGAGCACCGGCAUCCCCCGUAGUUUUAUGAUAGCCGUGGAAGGUCCGCAAGUGCCCGGCGCCAUGAUGACCCCCAACGGGCAGUUCGCCGUGCCCCUCGUCGACCAUCAGGCUUACAAUCAGAAACCGGCGCCGGCGAUCGCCCAGACGCCCAAAACCGACAUACCCGAAGACCUGCUCUGCAACAUUUGCUCGGAUCUGCUGACCGACGCCGUGAUGAUCCCCUGUUGCGGCAAUUCCUUCUGCGACGAAUGCAUCAGAGGCGUGCUGUUGGAGAGCGAAGACCACGAGUGUCCCGAUUGUCACGAAAAGGACAUUUCGCCGGAUACUUUGAUACCGAAUAGGUUUUUAAGAACGUCAGUUUCGAAUUUCAAGAAUACAACGGGCUACGUUAAGGUUCCUUCGCAACGACCGCCUAAGGCCGAAGUCGCAGCUAUUUUAAAAGAAGAGUCCGCCUUAAAACCAGAAAUAGACCAAGAAAAGCACACGGUCAUAUCCGAAGCGGAUUCCACAGAACUCAUUAAAUCUCAAAAUACCGAUAACAUAAAAAAAAACGAAAAUGAUUCCGUAGAAGGUCCCCCUGGCGUGUCGCCUAAAAGUUCCCCUCGUGAUCAUCGAAAGUAUCGCGAACUUUCUCCCAGAAGUCCCAGGGAACGACGAAUUAGGCGUAAAAGUCGGAGCUUAAGCAGGAGCAUCUCGCCGCGCAGGAGCCCCCGUCGACGGAGGACCAGAUCCAGGAGCAAGUCGAGAUCUCGAGACAGAAGGUCCGGAACGCCCACCGUGGACGAACCCCUCGCAUCGAAUAACUUCCCUUCGAAUUAUGCAACAUCUACCAUCGGAACUGUGGGUCCUAUACAGGGUCAUCCGCCUCCGAUUCCAGGCAAUUUUCCGGCCCCCAUCGGAACGUUUCCAGCUCAAGGACCGCCGCCCAGUUACAGAUAUCCCCCGCCCGCGGGCGGCGCUCCUUACAUGCCUCCCGGGCCUUAUAGUAUUCCACCUAGAGGCAUGUUCGACGUUACCAGGCCCCCCAUCGGCGGACCUCCGCCCAAUUUCCAGGGCUUUCCGCCGAGGAACCAUCGGGAUUACAACAGGAGAAUGUUGGACAGGGCGCCGCCCGGAGUAAUCGACGAUCCGUUGGCGGCGUUCAAUAGGCUGUUGAGAGAAAAGGACGAACAGAAACGCAGGGCCAAGCAGAGGGGUUUCCGGAGGAGUUACAGCAGGAGCCGCAGUCGCAGCAGGAGUUACAGCAGAUCGCCGAUACGGCGCAGGAGUCGAUCUCCGCGGCCGAGCAGACGGUCGAGGAGUCGAUCGAGAUCGUUUUCGUUGAGCCGGUCUCGAUCGAGGUCAUUCUCAGGCAGUCUAAGAGGUUCGCCCCACAGGCAAUUAUCACCUGCCAGGCGUUCCCCUCCGCCUGGCGCGCCCCGAAGGGGCUCCAGGUAUAGGUCACCUCUGAGAUCGCCUCCAAGAUCGAGGAUUAGAGAUAGAGACUACGACGAUGAUAGAGAUUACGACAGGCACGAUCGUAGAGACAAUCGUAGAGGUAGAGAGAGGCGAUCGCCUAGAGAUAGAGACCGCGACAGAGACAGAUACUACGAUAAUUACGAUGAUAAAAGAGGAGGAGUGGCUCCGUCGAGGGGCCACCAGGCCCAAUGGAACCAACCGAGGUCCGAUGGUUAUUUCCCGCCGGCUCCGCAACCGUUGCAAACAGGAUACCAACCGAACAGAUUCGGACCAGCGCGAGAUUUCGGGCCGCCUUUCAUGAACAAAGACCCGCCGCCGUUCAGCCAGCCCCUGCCCCAAACCAUCCACAGCAUCCAACCCCAGCGACAGUACCAGGACGUCGCCCCGCCGGGCGUCGACGACGACAUAGCGCCCCCCGGCGUCGACGAGUACAACAAGCCGGCCGAGAAGAAGGAGCCCGCCAAGAAGGAGGAGAAGCCCGACAAGCGCAAGGACUCCGCCGACAGGAAGCGCAGGCACGACAAGCGAAGCCGAACGCCCGACAAGCGCAAAUCGCGCUCCAAGGAGCGCGAGAAAGACAGCCCCGACAAGCACAAGCGCAGGCGGCGCGAAUCCUCCGAGGACCGCAAAAAGGACCACUCCGACGACGAGAAAACCAAAAAAAACAAAGACAAGAAGAAACACAAGGACAAGAAGGAGACCGAGAAGAAGAAGAAGCGCGACAAGAAGGACAAACACAAGAAGGAUAAGGAGAGCAAAGACAAGAAAUCCAAGGAGGAAUUCAGGCAGAUCAUACCGAAACACACCGAUGAUGAAGACGACGACGAUAAGAAGGAGAAGAAGCAGCACGGAGGCGAUAGAAAACGAUCCGAUAAAGACAAGCAUAAAAAAAUCGACAAACCGAAAGACGCCAAUGCGAAAGAGGAACGAAUCGAACACCAACAACAAGAAACCCACGCGGAAAUCAUCGACAAAAGCGAAGCUAAAGAUCCUAUAAACGAUAAUAAAGCAGAUGAUAGUAACAACAAAUCGUCGGAGAAGAAAGAACCGGAAUCGAACGAAGCCAAAGCGGAAUUGUACGACGACGCAUCGACCGACAUCGAUCCGAACGUGCUGGAAAACUACCGGAAAAUCAACAACGAUUCCCCGUUCGAAGGUCGCGAGGACGGCGUGAACAAACCGCCGCCCGACGACGACGACGAAACCGAAAUAACCGAAGACGGCGAAAUCAAGGACGUCGACGAGGAGAAGGACGUGCUCGAGCUGCACUCGACCGACCUGGACCUCAAGACGGAGCUCGACAAGAGCGACAUCCUGGCGCCGGUGCCGGAGAAAUCCAAAUGGGAGGUGGACGACGACGGGGCGGCUGCCGCGACCGCGACCGCCGCCGGAGCCGGAGCCAGCCCCGACGAAGACUCGUCGAUCGAUAAAAACGGCAAGGUGACCAACGAGGUGCUGAAGCGAGCCGAGAACGCCAUCUUCGCCAAAGCCAUCAACGCCAUCCGGCCCAUAGAAAUCAAGAAAAUCGGCAACGAUCGGGCGAAGCUCUAUUCGGGCGACAAGGAGCCGGAGAAAAUCGUCCAGGCGCCGGCCAAAAUCGAACCGCCGCCCGUGCGGUUGUCGGUGAAAGAACGAUUAGGGGUUAAAGUCGACGAUGCCAACGACAAAGUGAUCAAUCUAAGCAGGAGAUCUAACACGGUGUCGCCGUUUUCGAGGCGCGGCGAACUCGGCAGGAACGCGAGCGCGGGCGAGAAACGCCCGCACCAGGACUCGCAGGACGAUCGACGCAAACGAUCGAGAUCGAGGAGGAGCAGCAGAGAAAGGCGAAGGCAAAGAAGCGACGAUGGUAAAUCGUACAGACGAGGCGAGAGCGCGCGAAGCGAUCACAAACGCGACAAAACCAAGAAAGACAAGCAACCCAAGAAGGUCGAAGAUGACGAGAAGAAGUCGAAGAGGAAGCGAUCGAGGACGCGCAGCCAAAGCAAGGAUAAGCUGAAGAGGAAAGAGAAGAAACCCAAGCGGGAGAAGGCGAAAAAGAAGGACGAAGAUGAGGGUAAAAUCGAGGAUCAGAAGGACCCAGUAGGUUCGUUGGCGACCAGCAAGCGCAAGGCGACCAUCGACGAGGCGAACUUCGAGCCGGAUUACGACGAAUCGCAUUCGGACGAUGAGGACGAGAAGAAGGCGAAGCGGAAACCGGCGAAGAAGGAGUCCGAGCGCAGUUCGAGCUCCGAGUCGGGAUCGUCGUCGAGUUCGCAGGAGGAGCGCAAGAAGAGCAAGAAGCGCAAGAAGCACAGGAAGAAGAAGAGGAAGGAGAGCAGCACGGAGAGCUCGUCGGAGGAGUCGGAGUCGAGCGACAGCGAUAAGGAUCGCAAGAGGAAGAAGCACAGGAAGACCAAGAAGAAGAAGAAGAAAUCGAAGAGGAAAACGUGAAGGGGAAUCGAAUGAUUCCGGUUUGGUUUACUAUGUAUUGUGUACUGUAGGUAGGUAUUUAUAUCGAUGACGUUUCAUUUUUUUUUGUAUAAUGUACAUGCAUAAUUUAAGUCGAUGUGUAAUGAAAUUAUGUUUAAUACAAUCUAGUUAA